AUGAAUAAAGAACAAAAACUUGAAGAAUUAAAAAAGGAAUUACAAAACCAUAACAAAGAAUAUAAAUUAGUAAUUGAAAAAGAAUUCAAAAAAUAUAAUCAAAAUACCCUCUCGACAACUUGCAAAACAAAUAUCACCAAAACUAUUGAACAAUUUGAAAUAGAAGAUAAUACUAAAAUAACAGCCCACAAUGUAUAUCAAUAUGAAUCCUUAAACUAUUUGAAUAAUACAGCAUACUACGUUCAAAGUAGAUAUUACUUUGUUGAUCAAAAAACAAUAAAAGAAUUAAUUCAACAAUAUGAAAGUGCUCUAUUCAGAGUAUAUAAAGAAAUAACUUCAAAAAAAUUAUUUAUUAAUGAUAAAGAAGAA